AUGAGUAGCCUGACCGACUUUUACCCGUAUGCCUUCUCCGACUUCUUCGGGUCUGGUACGCCCUGUGUCUACAAGACGGGUCCUGCGUGGCCCAUCGCCCGAGAGCAGAAGAUCGUCCGCGCGGCUCGCCCCAUCUACAACCACCCCAUUGCACCCACCUGGCUCGAGACUGCAUGGGCCAUCGUCGCCCAGCUCGAUUUGCUGCAGCUGAACUGGAACACGGUCAACCCUCUCGCGUAUGCGAAUGCGGGCGAGGCCGCCUUGAUCUGUGACUUUGUCAUCACCAUUGGCGUGCAGCCCCGCUCUCUCGCCUACCCUGCUGCCGUGGCUGCUGCUCAGGCCGUCGUCGAGAUCCUCGAGGCCGCCGGCUUCCCCGAGAUCCAGGUGGCCUUCAUCGAGUCCGUCUACCGUCGCCACAUGUCCCACCCCAAGCGCAUGAGCUUCAACCCGAUCCUCGACUCUGAGGGUCUUCCCGCCCUGCGCAAGCCGUUCACGCCCACUCUCAGUCCUUCUAUCGCGCCUCUCAAGUCGCCUUACUACGAGGGGUCCGGCGGUCUGUACUUCCGCCUCAACGCCGAGGAGGGCGACAAUCGCGUUGCGCUCCUGACCUGCGCCCACGUCGCCCACCCGCCUCCGGUCUCUGAGAACAAGGUCUACACGCGCAGGAACGACAGCGAGGCGCGUGAGGAGAUCAUUCUCCUCGGCACGGGAUCAUACGAUGCUGCGGUCGCUACCAUCAUGAAGUUCAUCAACGACCGGACGAUUGCCAUCACCUCGUGGGAGACGGCUCGCGGUAGCCUCCCAGCGCAGAGGGACGGCGAGCCCAAGGGUGUCACGUCGAAGCGCAAGGCGCUCACGGACUUGAUCGACGCGGCGAGCAACAAGAUCGAAAAGGCCAACCAGCUCCACACCGAUGUCACAAAGCAUCUCACCACGACUGUCUCCCGCGUCAUCGGCUUUGUUGUGCACUGCGCCAAGAUCGAGGUGGGCGAAGACCAGUUCAUGUACGACUGGAGUCUCAUCCAGAUGGACGAAGACAAGACCGAGUGGGACGACUUCAAGGGGAACAAGCUCUUCGUCGGUGGGAACAAGACCGCCGUCGACUGGGUCAAUUACAUGUUCCCCCAGGAGUUCAAGGAUCGUCGCGGAUUCCACGCGCCCGAGGACAUGCUCCUUGCGCUCAAGGACGUCGUCCCCGAGGCAGAGUUCCGGAACCCCCAGAACUUCGACAUCCACAACGUGAGGACGCUGCUUGCCGUCAAGAACGGUCGUUCCACCGGCACCACCUUUGGACGCGUCAACGGCCUGGAGUCCAUCACUCGUCACUACCCCGAGCACGGCAUCGCCCAGAGGACCCUCGAAUUCAUCGUCUGUGGCUACGACACGGUAAGGGGCAAGAACGACAAGUUCUCCGACGACGGCAAGUCUGGCUCGAUCGUGGCGGGCCGCGAUGGGCGUAUCAUUGCUCAGAUCACGGGCGGUGGCGGCCCUACCGACGAGGCCGACAAGACGUACGUCACCCCCUUCUACGCGCUCCAGGGGGCCAUCAAGAAGAAGUACCCGAACUGCUACCUCGUCCCCGCUACCGUUGUCUAA